AUGAACGAGCGUGGAGAACUGCUAAGGAUGCCUCGAGGGGAGCGUUGUCCUGAAUGCGGAAGCCAGAAGUGGUACUUGCAGGACGGAUUUCGAUUCUGCUCCAAGGGUCAUCAAAUCGAGGGAUUCGUUCAGUUCAACGUCGACGAUGACGACGAUGCAGGCCGCAUGGGAACCGUUACUCGACGGCAGAGAGAGUCGCGAAAUACCGAGAAACGCCAGCUCGGAGGCAAUGCAGGAAAGCUACUAUAUCUCGAGGCUUUACAGAUGCUUCUGAGAAACCAGGUCAUGUGGCUUAUUACAGAAACCGGCCAACGAGAGGAGCUGGAGACGGUCGUUCGAGAUCUGUGGGAUCUUCGGAUACGUGGAUCUAGCUGUUUAGAACCCAAUGAUGAGGAAGCAGCGGAAGCUCAUUUAGAGCUAUUCAGCUCUAAACCAAACCAGGAGGAGAACAAGACUAUGUGGAAGUCCCGGGCCCGGCUUCAAAGUUGGGAUUCGGAGCGAGGCACAGACUGGCCAUUGCCCAAAAUUUCAGAGACACUUGCUCUCUGUUACCUUGGUUGUAUUCUUUUGAAGAUGCCGGUGCGUUUGGGGUUACUCCUCGAGCGAGCGAACGACGGGAAUAUGCCUUACAAGAAUGUGUACUUCCACCUUCCCGGUGAGAUGCGAGAUCGAAUGCCGUCAGUUUAUGUCAAAGCACUCAAGCUGCCUCGCGUUUCCAGGUUACGUGGAAGUGUUCUAUGCCAAGCCGUCAUGCACUUGGUUCAGUCGUAUCGGCUCAACUAUAAUAUAGAAAUCCAUGACUUACCUCUGCAGCCGCUGCUUUUGCAGUACGCAAAGUUGCUCGCCUUACCAGUCACCUGCGUAAUGGCGGCCAGAAGUCUCGCAGCCAUUCUCGACUGCCGCAUUCGCUUCCCAGUGAACAGCCACAGGAUAUUUCCUCUCGACCACCCGGAGAUACACAUUGCUGCGCUCUUAAUUGUUGCAGCCAAGCUCUGCUUCCCUCUCAAGACGCCGCAUCAUGUAGCCAGGUGUCUUUGUACGGGACACAAGCUCGCAUUCGAUUGGCUGUCGUGGAAAAAUUACCAUGCUCAACAUCCAAUCACUGGGACUCGCGAACAUGAAGGAGCUCACCUUGAGAAUAUGACGCCGUUUGAACUGGCUCUCGCGAACGACGGGGAAUUUGAAGCCUACCUUGCUUAUGUUGGGGCAACUGUCACCAAGAGAAACGACAAUCCAAUUACCAAAUUCUUCCCCUCUAUUCCCGUCUCGACUCCGACGCCCUCAGUUCCCGCCAUGUCCGACGAGGACAUUGGUGAUCGAGUCCAGCGGAUCAUAGCUCUGGCUUUGGGCUCGUCCAGAGUAUCUGCAUCUAGGGAUAGCGAGUUCAUAUAUGAGGCAUUUCGCAGCACUGAAGAUCUUUCUGAUGUAGCAGCGGCGCUCUACGAGGCUGCAGGUUUCGCUGUCGGAAUUCCGUUGGACGUGGUUCACAAAUUGGCAGGUGUCACAAAACUACAGUUUGUAUCAAAGGCUGUUGAAUACUACGUGUACAUAUUCGCUCCGAAUCUUCACAUUGUCAGAAUCAGCGUCACGAAUAUCAGUCACGAUGCAGAUGUAAGCUCGAACCUUUCGCCAUCCGACCCAAGCCAGUUGGUCGGUCCAACUGACAGCUCAUUCAGUUUCGUGAAGACCCUAACGGGCAAGACGAUUACGCUUGAAGUCGAGUCUUCUGACACUAUCGACAAUGUCAAGUCCAAGAUCCAGGACAAGGAGGGCAUUCCCCCGGAUCAGCAAAGAUUGAUCUUUGCUGGUAAGCAGCUCGAAGAUGGACGGACUUUGUCGGACUACAACAUCCAGAAGGAAUCAACCCUGCACUUGGUCCUCCGCCUUCGUGGUGGUAUCAUUGAGCCCUCGUUGAAGGCUCUGGCCUCCAAGUUCAACUGCGACAAGAUGAUCUGCCGCAAGUGCUACGCACGCCUUCCUCCCCGUGCCACCAACUGCCGCAAGCGAAAGUGCGGCCACACCAACCAGCUCCGACCUAAGAAGAAGCUCAAGUGA